AGCUCCGUGCUCCUCCGCAGGGAAGCGGCUGUCGCGCCCCGCCCCCGGAAGGCGGGUCCGAGGCGGGCGCGGCGGUGACGGAGCGAGGAGGCCGGCUCCGGUUCAGAGGCAGCCGCAUCCGGAGGGGGAAGGCAGGGCCUGGCCGCUGCGGCAGGGAACCAGGGCGGUAGCCGCGAGGGGAGAGCGCGCGGAGGAGCCGGGCUUGGGCCGCGCCACUGUCUGUCCGUGGGCGUCCGGGAUGGAUCACCACCAGCCCGCCAGCCGCUACCAAGUGCAAUCAGUCAGCAUUACAACAGAGGAGAGGCAGACUCAACUUAUGCAAGUAAUGAGAUUUAUGCAAAACACACAAAACCUUCUGAAGCUUCACAAUGAAGAUGAUCCUCCAGAGUCAACUAUUGAGGAACCAUCCACUUCUACAGAGACUGCACAAAAUUCUCAACCAGCAGCUUUAUCUGAAGCAGAUGUUUCUCCUCCACCUUAUUGUAGUAUUGCUGUAGAAGCAGCUGCAACCUCAGAAACAGAAACACAUAAUGAAUUUUAUCCUGUACCACCUCCAUAUAGUGUAGCUACCUCUCUUCCUACUUAUGAUGAAGCAGAGAAAGCCAAAGCUGCAGCAAUGGCAGCUGCUGCAGCAGAAGCUGCCCAAAGACACGGCCAGUUUAGGGAGUCUAGGAGUCUGUUUGAUGAAAUAUUCCUCAGUCCACCAGAGGAAGAAGAAUAUCCACCUCGGGAUGACUUCAGUGAUGCAGAUCAACUUAGAGUUGGCAAUGAUGGCAUCUUCAUGUUGGCAUUUUUCAUGGCAUUUAUUUUCAACUGGAUUGGAUUUUGUUUAUCCUUCUGUAUAACUAACACCAUAGCAGGAAGGUAUGGUGCAAUCUGUGGAUUUGGCCUAUCGCUGAUCAAAUGGAUUCUCAUUGUACGGUUCUCAGACUACUUUACUGGAUAUUUCAAUGGACAGUACUGGCUUUGGUGGAUAUUUCUUGUACUUGGUCUCCUCCUGUUCUUCCGAGGGUUUGUCAAUUACCUUAAAGUCAGAAACAUGUCUGAAAGCAUGGCAGCCGCUCAUAGAACAAGAUUUUUCUUCUUGUAUUAGAGACUGCAUCAACCAGACAUUCCUUUCCUUUACCAAUGUGAAAUUUCCAGAUGAUCGGUAACCUUCUAUCUUAUUAACUUGGAGGACUACUAAAAACAGAAGACAAAUUUGUGAAGAAAAGAUACAGCUUCUAAAAUGAAUGACAGGGUGGUUUUUGCUUAAGUGCCAGUUCUGUUCAUUCUAGUAAAUAUUUAUAUUAAGUAUUGCCUUUGUUUUUGCACAUUUGAAUAUGUGCUAACUAAAGGAUAGGAUUGAAAUGAGAACAAACCAUACAUACAGUCUAAUUAUAGAGCUUAAGUACAGUCAGACUUGGUUAAUCUGUGUUUGUUGUUUGUGAAAGAUUUAAGUGACGGGUUGUCUCAUAGCAUGUAUGUACCAUUGUCUUGUUGACCUGAAGUUAAAUUGAAAGUAAAAAUGGGAUACAGUAAAUGAUUCAGAUUAACCAGGUCAGACUUAUAGGUUUUUUUAUAUAUAUAUAUAAUUUAGGUUCAUCUAAUGAUUGUGCAACAUGCAACCUUUUUGUUAUAAAGUUUACUAAAACUUGCAGCUUCUGAUUAUUAUAAACCUCUAUUGAUCGGCUUUUAUCAAACUCUGACCAAAAUAUCAAUUGAUUUAAAAAUGAAAUACCCCUUCUAGCUCUUAUGUAAAUAACUAUGCAUAGAUUACUGUUUAGAUUGCUUCUUAGGAAUUAUGUCAAAAUAUAUUUGUAACCACAGUAUUUUGUCAUUCACUGUAAAUUUUGUUUAAUCUUAAUAUGGACAGUAUAUAUACACACGCUAUUUUUUUGCUAAUUUGGAUGUUAAAGUAUAAUUUUUUAUUUUGGGUAAUUCUAAAAGAGGGCAAAAGCUUUAAAUGUCCAUCUGAACAAUUUAGUUUUCUCACAGUAUGAUUUGAAUAACUAAUUUGGGCCUGAUCCUGAAAACCCUUACUCGUAUGGAAAGUCCCAUUAAAAGGGACAGCGCUACUUUCACAAGAAAGUAUUGGGACAUCAGGCCUGAUUCUGUAAUUGGAUCCAUGUAGUUGGGCCUCUGCUUCUGCAUAGGUGCAAUUGCAGAUUAGUUCCUUGGUUUGUAACAUUGAUCAUCUUACUUAAGAAGAUUUGUGUUUAUAUAAACACAAUCUGUUUUAUUUAAAUUUCUCAAAAGGGCUUUUAUAGUUGUCUUACCAUGCUUGUUUAGAAUAAAUACUCCAAUGUUACAUAAGAAUGAAGCUGAUGAGUAAAUUUUUAUUGUCACUUUGGAAAUAACAUUUUUUUUCUUCAUGGGUGUUUUUAUUUGUUAAGGCUGUACUAGCAAAAAUAGGAACAAUGGGCUCUUGACAGUAUUUACUUAAAAGUAGUGGUAUUACUCUAAAAUAUAUCAUCUCUAGAAGGGUGCAUUCUCCUGUUCAUACACAUACAUAACUACCACUAAUGUCUGUGAGACUUAUGAUUCUGACGCAAUGGGAGAAUAGACCUCUUAAUUCUUUACUACAACUGGAAUCUCCGUUACAACCAGUAAUCAAUACAUUUUGCUUCUUUGAAAAACAUUUUAUUUCUUUUUUGUAUUGGAGCUUUGCUUUAAUGCUAACAUUAAAAGAAUGAGAUUUA